AGGUACGCGCUGCUGCCUCUUCACACGCGCGCACACGCACACGCACACCGUCUCGCUUGUUUUCUUACCCAGCGCUGAAUGUGAGACGUCAGCGUCACCACCGCAGCCCGUAGACACACACAGCCUGCGGCCACACGUUUUACCACCGCGUCUGGAAGAGGCGAAGCCCGGAUAGCGCAACAUAUUGGCACGCGAACAUUUCCCCGCUGCGUAAUGUUGUCUUGCGCCACUCCAUGACAGUCUCGCGUCGCGCACAACGUCUUUGCGCAUCCCACAGCAGCGGCGUUCUUCUCAUCUCGGAAUUGCUGAAAAUACUAUAAGACAUUACACGACGCUUAAUGCACCGCGCUAGACCUGCUAUGACCGCAGGGGUUCAAGGAAUGGCUCGCUGGGGGUUGUGUGGGGUUUUAUUCGGGCUGCUGAGGCUCAGCUCGGCUUGUCCUGUGUCGUGCUUUUGCAAUGCCUCGAGGAUCUCGUGUAUCGACCAAGAACCAGGCAUCGAGGAUUUCCCUGUCUUGGUGCCGGAGUCUGACAUGGAAAACAUUACGGACAUAUACAUCUCAAAUCAAAAAAGGCUACUUACAAUCAAUGAGGACCAUAUGAAGUUCUACUCAAAUCUCAGGAAUUUAACAGUGACCAAUACUCACCUGACAUAUAUAUCUACGAUGGCCUUCUUCAACAAUUCCAAACUUCAAUAUCUGAAUCUCAGAGACAAUAACUUAUCAACACUCUCUUGGAGAGCACUUCGUAAUUCCAACUUGUCGACUUUGUUGCUCUCCGGGAACCCUUUACAAUGUGAAUGUAAGAACAUCUGGAUCAAAGUCUGGUUGGAUGACAGUGAGAGAGAGGGCCUGCAGUGUCUACAGGAAGGAGGAAGUGCAAAAGCCCUCUCUAGACUCACUCUUAAUUCAUGUGAGUAUCCACGUGUCGAGGUUAUCCCUGCUGUUGUCAAUCAAAUGGCAGGAAGUGAUGCUACAGUGAUGUGUAGUGUGUCUGGAGCCCCGACCCCUGAGCUCUCCUGGAGCUUAAACUCCAGCGAUCCUCCUCUCUCAACCAGCCAUGAGAUUUCUCACAAAAUGGAGCUGCAGUCUAUUCUGACUCUAAGUGGACUUUCACCUGAUGACAACGGCAGAGAACUCACCUGUAGUGCCGAGAACAUUGUGGGCCAGACUGAGGCUUCAGUCCUUCUCAAUAUUCUUUUUCCCCCUACUAUCGUGCAGCUGUACCAGCCCGUGAGGAACCAGGACUGGUGCAUCCCUUUCACUGUGACGGGCAACCCGAGGCCUGAUCUGCACUGGUACCACGAGGGGAAGCUGCUGGAGGAGCAGCAGUACAUCAAGACCGAAAUCCAUGAAAUCACGGAUACGGAGUACCACGGCUGUCUGCAGCUGGACAUUCCCACUCAUAUCCAUAACGGCAUCUACACGCUGGUGGCUAGCAAUGAGUUCGGAGAGGACAGGGGAAACGUGUCGGCACACUUCAUGCACACACCUGAUGAGGACCACUCAGGGACAGAGGGAGUGUUUUAUUACGACACAACAUUUAGUCCAGAUACCCCACCACUGGAGGACAAAGUAGCGGUUUACAUCGUGGUUGGAAUAGCUGGGGUUGCUUUAACUGGAUGUAUCCUGAUGUUAGUUUUCCUCAAGUAUGGCAGAAGCUCCAAGUUUGGUAUGAAAGGCUCUUCAUCUGUCAUUAGUAAUGACGAUGACUCUGCCAGCCCCCUCCACCACGUUUCCAACGGCAACAACACGCCAUCAUCAUCGGAGAUGGGCCCAGAUGCCGUUAUUAUCGGAAUGACAAAGAUUCCAGUCAUUGAGAACCCCCAGUACUUCCGUAACCCCGGCAGCAUACUGAAAUCGGACACUCUCGUCCAACACAUAAAGCGACACAACAUUCUGCUAAAGAGGGAGCUUGGAGAAGGGGCUUUUGGGAAAGUGUUCUUGGCUGAAUGUUACAACUUGUCUCCUGACCAAGAGAAGAUUUUGGUGGCUGUUAAGACUCUGAAAGAAGCCAGCGAAAGUGGGCGAGCAGACUUCCACCGAGAGGCAGAGCUCCUGACCAACCUGCAGCAUGAGCACAUUGUCAAGUUUUAUGGCGUGUGUGUAGAAUGCGACCCUCUCAUCAUGGUGUUUGAGUAUAUGAAACAUGGAGACCUCAACAGAUUUCUCAGGGCUCAUGGUCCAGACGCGGUGCUGAUGGCAGACGGACAGCACAGUUUGCUGGUGGAGUUAACUCAGCCUCAGAUGCUGCACAUUGCUCAGCAGAUAGCAGCAGGCAUGGUGUAUCUGGCCUCACAGCAUUUUGUGCACAGAGACCUGGCCACACGCAACUGCCUGGUGGGAGAGAACCUGCUUGUCAAGAUAGGAGACUUCGGCAUGUCCAGAGAUGUGUACAGCACCGACUACUAUAGGGUGGGUGGUCACACCAUGCUGCCCAUCCGCUGGAUGCCCCCAGAGAGCAUCAUGUACAGGAGAUUCACCACAGAGAGUGACGUGUGGAGUUUGGGUGUGGUCCUCUGGGAAAUAUUCACAUAUGGCAAGCAACCCUGGUACCAGCUCUCAAACAACGAGGUGAUCGAGUGUAUCACACAGGGUCGGGUGUUGCAGAGACCUCGUACUUGCCCCAAAGAGGUGUAUGACCUGAUGCUGGGCUGCUGGCAGAGGGAGCCCUACAUGAGACUCAACAUCAAAGAAAUCCACAACCUGCUCCAGAGCCUGGCCAAGGCCUCGCCUGUUUACUUGGACAUCCUGGGCUGAUCCGUUUGCCAGUAUGGGUGUGUAAUUGUUAGCAAGAAAAAGUGUGUGAAUGCGUGGUAUAAAAGGAGUAAGGGAUGGUUUCGAUUAGAAUGAGUGAUUGUGUGUGUGUGUGUGUGUGUUUAUUAAAAAUGGCUUGUGCUUCAGACUUCUCACCACAUAGACUAAAGGCCUUAAAGUUGACUGUGUGCAUUGCUUUGAGUUUUUCCACAUCUGGACAUGUCCAUAUCUGUCAAGCAUCAUGUUUUCUAAAAACCCCAAAUGGUCUACAAACAGAAACAUCUGAUUGUUGUAAAUAUGCGUCAGAGACAAUGUAGACCUUUUGUUUAACAACCUUUUAGAAAAAGGUCAUUUGGUUUAGGAAAGUUUAUAUUUGUUUUUCUUUUACCAUUUGUUUAUCGAGAUGGACAGAAUUCGGACUUGAUGAGGACCCAGUCAUUAGCACAACGCGGUCAAAGCCCUGGCGACAUUCUGGCAGACUUUACGCAAAUCGCAAUACUAUUUAUACCGCAAACUAUCGAGUAACAAUCAUGGAACUGCCAGAUUCAUGUUUCCUUCCUUUUUUUUUUUUUAACACAUCUGAUCUAAUUUUAGAUUAAUCUGUGCCAAGUUUUGAUGUCUAAUGUUGAGGUUGAUGAAAGGCGUUUUUGGACAUCUCAGUGCGUGCGCCCCAUCUUACUCAGUGCGAACUUUGUAAUAGAAGCACAGCGACAAGACUUUUUUUUUUUUCUUCGGAAGAGGCUUGAGGUUGGACACCGAGUGUUUGGAGUGAGCACAGAGGCAAAGUCACCAGCAGUGGCAUUGAAGUAUUUCCUCAGACUUUGUUUGGCUCCCUGGCCAUAUGCGCUGAAGUUCUGAUUCAAAGGGCACUUGUCUCUCUAACUGAGGUUCGAAGAACAAUGAGAGAGAUGUUGUUCUUGUGUCCAUCAGUGGUAACACGUUAGGGUGCUUACACACUAGAAAACACUCUGACCGGACGCUUGAUGAAUUGAAUUGUGCAAGAGGGUGUGGAAAGAGCCAGCCUGGAUAAUUCAUCCAGGAUAUUUCCCUGCCUUCGGCACGAGAGGCUGAGAUAGUUUCCAGGAUCCCUACGACUCUAUAUCGGAUUAUGGAUGGAUGGAAAGAGCCAGGACUGUUUGAAAUAAAGCAGAAAUACAACCAAUUGGAUUUCUGAAAGCACAACUGGACCCACCUCCCUGGGAUUCUCAGUAGUCAACAGAGUGCAUUCCAGCCAAAGUACAAAUUCCCUCCACUUUUGGUCACAUAACGGAGCAUCAAAAUCAACAAAUUCCCAGCAUUCUUUGACAUAGCGUAAACUAGUGUGUAGGCACCCUUAAUUGUUGUCAUGUUGCAAUUUGAUGGACUUUGCCUUUGCGAAGACUGAAGAUUUCUUUCUUACCUGUUCCUGGGAAGUAUAUCCAUAGAUGUUGUCCAUAACAUAACAGGCCUGCCUGAACAGCUGGAUUUCAUUUGAGCUCGGAUUAUUCAUCAUUAUCCGUUUAUGUAUCAACUGCGAAAUAACUGCUAAAUAAUCUGUGUAUGUGAUAAUCUAUGAUCGAUUUGUUUUGAUGUAUUGUGGGCCGUUUCAAAGCGAUGGGCUUGGUGGGCACUGUGAAGUGAAUGUUCAUGUGAGGAUGACUCGAGUCGGACUGUCCCUGAGGUCACAACAGGAAGACCCUAUGAAGGGACCGUCCCGAUUCAAACUGUGCGUUUCAACCCCGCCAGACAAGUAACCAGAGGAGGACUGCCAACCAACAGGGUUUAUUUAGACUACAAAUGACUGAAUGGCAACUAAAAUUUUUAUUUUCAUAUGACAUUGUAUUCAGACCCCUUCGUUUUUUCACGUUUUGCCGUAGCCUUAUGCUAAAAUGUGUUUUCAGUCUACUCUCCAUACGGCAUAACGACAAAGCAAAAACAUCUGUGAAAACUGCAAAUUUAUAUAAAAAAAUAAUAAUA